GUGACAUUUCAGAGAGGAGCGCGACCGCCAUUUUGAGUGCUCAAACUGCAUGCACAUCAGGAACCAACGGGAGAGAUAGAGUGAGAGGUAUCCCGGCCGUGAUCGGGCAAAAAUAAUCCCGAGUUUAAUUGAGAACAUGCGACUUGGUGUUAAACUGCAGCUUUAUGAUUGUGUGUGCUUGUUGUGUUAAAAGGUGGAGAGAGAAGCUCGGGCGGGUUUUUUUCUCAGUGUGAACUUCUAACUUAAUGCGGUUUUCUAAUAAGAAUCUGGUUUGAAUGGAUAGCUUCUUUCUCCGCUCUUCCCUUAGAGAGGGACAAUCGGAGGAACACACGGACUGGAAACACUGCGAGGAAAGUUGUAUGUAAACAGGAGCAAUCGCUUCUUUUUUUUUCCUACAAACACUUGUUUACGUUUAAACAGUCUAUUUGUUUCCCCUCGGCUUGCUUAGUUCAUCAGGCCUCUGAUUAUUUCUAGCCUGAGAUCAUUAAAGCACACCCGGCCGCACCAAGGCGCCGAGAUUGGGCGAAUAGCGAGCAAAUACGUGCGCGUUUCUCUGCCCGCUCCCCCGCCGGCCUCCCUACCUCAAUCCCUACCCCAGUCCCCGGCGCAGCCACCAGGAAAGGCCCGGCAACCCAGGCUUGACCCGUGUAGCCCAGAUACGCCUCCUGAUCCGCGCCCCCCGGCUCUCCGGAGCCUUCUGCCCCCUGAACCGAUCCUAGACGAGCAACACGAAGACGUUUCAGCGACAGCAGACAUGAACCAUCAUCACACUCAGCAGCAGAAAGCCGGCGAGCAGCAGCUUAGCGAGCCCGAGGAUAUGGAGAUGGAAGCUGGGGACACAGAUGAUCCCCCAAGAAUUCCCCCAAAUCCAGUCAUCAACGGGAAUGUGGCAAUGGCAGACGGACACAACAAUACAGAGGAAGACAUGGAGGAUGAUACAAGCUGGCGUUCCGAGGCCACCUUCCGCUUUGUGGUGGAGCGUUUCAGCAGGCUGAGCGAGUCUGUUCUCAGCCCGUCGUGUUUCGUGAGGAACCUGCCAUGGAAGAUAAUGGUCAUGCCACGUUUCUACCCAGACAGGCCUCACCAGAAGAGUGUGGGUUUCUUCUUGCAGUGCAACGCUGAGUCCGACUCCACAUCAUGGUCUUGCCAUGCUCAAGCCAUGCUGAAAAUCAUCAACUACAAAGAUGACGAGAAGUCGUUUAGCCGGCGCAUCAGUCACCUGUUCUUCCACAAGGAAAAUGAUUGGGGUUUCUCCAACUUCAUGUCAUGGAGCGAUGUGACUGACCCAGAAAGGGGCUUUGUAGAGGAUGACAAGGUCACGUUUGAGGUUUAUGUCCAGGCUGACGCUCCUCAUGGUGUAGCAUGGGAUUCAAAGAAACAUACAGGAUAUGUAGGAUUAAAGAACCAAGGAGCUACAUGUUACAUGAACAGCUUACUUCAAACACUUUUCUUUACCAACCAGCUCCGGAGGGCGGUCUAUAUGAUGCCCACUGAAGGAGAUGACUCCUCCAAAAGUGUUCCCCUUGCUCUUCAAAGGGUUUUCUAUGAACUGCAGCAUAGCGAUAAGCCUGUCGGGACAAAGAAACUGACCAAGUCUUUUGGGUGGGAGACGUUGGACAGUUUCAUGCAGCAUGAUGUCCAGGAACUUUGCAGAGUGCUUCUGGAUAACGUUGAGAACAAGAUGAAGGGGACCUGUGUGGAGGGCACCAUUCCCAAACUCUUCAGAGGAAAGAUGGUGUCGUACAUCCAGUGCAAGCACGUAGAUUAUAGAUCUGAGCGAAUAGAGGAUUACUACGACAUCCAGCUCAGCAUAAAAGGAAAGAAAAACAUAUUUGAGUCAUUUAAAGAUUAUGUGGCUGUGGAGCAGCUCGAUGGGGAUAAUAAGUAUGAUGCGGGGGAGCAUGGUCUACAGGAAGCUGAGAAAGGAGUGAAGUUCCUGACCUUCCCUCCUAUACUGCACCUACAGCUCAUGAGGUUUAUGUACGAUCCACAGACCGACCAAAACAUUAAGAUCAACGACAGGUUUGAAUUUCCUGAUCAGUUACCACUGGAUGAAUUUCUUCAGAAGCCGGAUGUAAAGGACCCCGCUAACUACAUCCUGCAUGCAGUUUUGGUCCACAGUGGAGACAACCACGGUGGCCACUAUGUCGUCUAUCUUAAUCCUAAAGGAGACGGCAAAUGGUGUAAGUUUGACGACGAUGUUGUUUCCCGAUGCACUAAAGAGGAGGCCAUCGAGCACAACUACGGAGGUCACGAUGACGACCUCUCUGUGCGUCACUGCACUAAUGCCUACAUGUUGGUCUACAUCCGAGAGUCCAAGCUGAGUGAGGUCUUGCAGCCAGUCACAGACAUUGACAUCCCCCAGCAGCUGGUGGAGAGGCUGCAGGAAGAGAAGCGGGUGGAGGCGCAAAAGAGAAAGGAACGUCAGGAGGCCCACCUCUACAUGCAAGUACAGAUGGUGACAGAGGACCAGUUUUGCGGGCACCAGGGCAACGACAUGUACGACGAAGAGAAAGUGAAGUACACAGUGUUUAAGGUGCUGAAGAGCUCCACUCUGGCUGAAUUUGUGCAGAACCUUUCUCAAACCAUGGGCUUCCCGCAGGACCAAAUGCGACUGUGGCCCAUGCAAGCCAGGAGCAAUGGCACCAAGAGGCCAGCCAUGCUGGACUACGAGGCUGACUGCAACAAGUCUAUGAUCGACUUGAGCGACAACGAAAAUCCGUGGACAAUAUUUCUGGAAACUGUUGAUCCAGAAAUGGCCGCCAGUGGAGCAACAUUGCCCAAGUUUGACAAAGACCACGAUGUCAUGUUGUUCUUGAAGAUGUAUGAUCCCAAAACCAGAAGCUUAAAUUAUUGUGGACAUAUCUACACACCUAUAUCCUGUAAAAUACGAGACUUGCUGCCCGUUAUGUGUGAAAGAGCAGGGUUUCAGCAGGGUACUAGUCUUAUCCUCUAUGAGGAAGUUAAACCGAAUUUAACGGAGCGGAUACAGGACUACGAUGUCUCCCUGGACAAAGCUCUGGAUGAGCUCAUGGACGGAGACAUAAUCGUGUUCCAAAAGGAUGACCCAGAAAAUGACGCCAGUGAGUUGCCCACAGCGAAAGACUACUUUAGAGACCUGUACCACCGUGUGGACGUCAUCUUCUGUGACAAAACCAUCCACAACGACCCAGGCUUCGUUGUCACACUAUCGAACCGAAUGAACUACUUCCAGGUUGCAAAGACUGUUGCACAGAGAUUAAACACAGACCCCAUGCUCCUACAGUUCUUUAAGUCCCAGGGGUACAGAGACGGCCCAGGCAACCCACUCAGACACAACUACGAGGGGACUCUCCGAGACCUACUGCAGUUCUUUAAACCCCGACAGCCCAAGAAGCUGUACUACCAGCAGCUCAAGAUGAAGAUCACAGACUUUGAAAACAGAAGGAGUUUCAAGUCCAUAUGGCUCAACAGUCAGUUUCGAGAGGAGGAGAUCACAUUAUACCCAGACAAGCACGGCUGUGUCCGAGACCUGCUUGAAGAAUGUAAAAAGGCUGUGGAGCUCUCCGACAAAGGAUCCGAAAAGCUCAGGCUGUUAGAAAUUGUUAGCUACAAAAUUAUUGGGGUUCACCAGGAGGACGAGCUGCUAGAAUGUUUAUCUCCUGCAGCAAGUCGAACGUUCAGAAUAGAGGAAAUUCCUCUUGACCAGGUCGACCUGGAUAAGGAUAAUGAGAUGCUCAUUCCAGUUGCACAUUUCCAUAAGGAGGUCUUUGGAACAUUCGGAAUUCCAUUUUUGCUGAAAAUCCGUCAGGGUGAACCCUUCAGAGAGGUGAUGAAGAGAAUCCAGAGCAUGUUGGACAUCCAGGAGAAAGAGUUUGAGAAGUUCAAAUUUGCUAUUGUGAUGAUGGGACGGCAUCAGUACAUCAAUGAGGAAGACUACGAAGUGAACCUUAAGGACUUUGAGCCACAGCCAGGAAACAUGUCCCACCCAAGACCCUGGUUAGGGCUCGACCACUUCAACAAGGCUCCAAAGCGAGGGCGCUACACGUACCUGGAGAAGGCCAUUAAAAUCCACAACUGAUGCGCUCUCCACCUUAACUGACACUUACUAAAGACUUUAACCAGACGUUGUGUGUGUGUGUGUGCACCACUUCUUACCACCUGCCGUGCGGCAACACAAGCCCACGUAUGAAGUCUUCAGCAACCCGGAGUUCCUGCUCAUUCUUGUUUUUUUGCUAUAGAAGCUUUUUUGAUUCGACUGCCAGUUUUGUCAAAGAAUACAAUUUUAUCAGAUGGGGGAACAGUACAAACUUCUAGACAGGGUUUCUUUUCAGUUUUGGUUUCGUUUUCAUUUUAAUUUCGGUUUUAAAGUAUUGUUACGGCAAGACCGCUGCUGUGUGGUGCAGGGAAGAAAGAUAGGAACGUAUGUGGCCAUUUGCAAAAACAAUAAAUAAAAGGAUAUUAAGCGUAUUCCUUUAACCAAAAAAAAUCCUUAGAUGGCUGAAGCUUGCUGGUUACCUGUAAGCGAUUUAAUUUUUCUUGUCCCUUAGCACGAGUAGUUGAUUCUUCUUCUUUUUCUUCUUGUUUACACAAUUCUCUCACUUAGCUCAGUUGAAAAAAUCAGUUGUUACGUUAACAUACCUUGUAAGAUGAAAUAAAGAUCCACAUCAACCGUUAUAAAACAAAAGUGAAAUGAAAUGAAUCGUCUGUACUUCAUCUUGCACGUUGGCACUUAGUAUCAAAGGUUUUACAUUUCUCCACAUGGGUAAAUGUAAACUUUUGGAUGUGUUCUGGCCCUCGCGUGUUCCCUCUUGCUCGCACCCGCUCUCCUUCCACUUUUCUUUGUUCCUGUUGUUUUUUUGGAGUUUUUUUGCAAUGGGAUUGGAGAGUAUGUUGCUCCAUGUCUGCCCUACAUUAGCAGGAUGCUGCAAACUUUUGCUAACUGGUUCAAGUUGUAGAGAAACCAGCAUUAAAAAAAAAAAAAAAAAAAAAAAAAACCCAAUAUAUUUUGUUUUUUUCUGUCCUUUUUUUCCUAAGCACAGUAGGGGGUGUGUGCUCCUCAGUGCGUAGUUGGCUCUGUAAAGGCAACAUUUGAAAAUUGUAUAUUUAAAAAGGAAUGGACAUGUACAAUUAAAGACACACUUUUGUUGGGUACAGAUCAAUUCAGAUGUUCAUAUUCAUUGUGUGUAGUUUUAUUUUCGAGACCGUUUUACUCCCUCCCCUUUACUACUUGUGACCGUUUAAGUGCAGACCUGCAGAUCACAGCUCCUGAUUUGGAUAUUUUCUCCAGUCUAAUUCCUCCGUGUAGCAGCAGUGUACAACAACUAUUCCUGUAUAUUGCCUUUUUGCUGAAAAUGUAUGUUGAAUAAAAUUUUCUAUAAAA